UCGUGUAGACAACACAUUGCUUCUAAAAUGACCACAGCACUAUUAAAGUCUCUUAGCAUAUUAACCAAACCCAUUCGAGACUCUCACUUGAGCGAUGGUCUAAGCACACAAACAACACUUCUGUCAGCUCUCCAGAAGAACCUGUCGGAGCUUCGCGAGCGGAUGUCAGUUGGAGAGCUGGAGGAAGCCCAUCAAAUGCUAGAGGAGACCAGGAGAGAGAUCACAUGGGUGUGCAGUGAUACAGAUGACAUAACCUGGGGCUUUGUCCAGGAAUGUCUUCUAUUACUGUUCUGUCUGGCACGUCACUUCACCCACCUCCUGGAAGCCUUUCACCAGAAUCCUGCUGCACCUAAUCUUAGCACCCCUGAAGCUGCCCCACCCCUGCCUCCUGAUGUGCUCAGUGUGGCCCAGCAGAAGACACUUGGCACUGUGCUGCAGUUUGUUGUCACACUGGGUCUCUGCCCAUAUUUGGCCCCUGGUGUGGGGGUGGCCCUGGGGCUGAGGUCAGCCUUUGGGGCUGCAGUGGAGGAGGCAGUGCGUCAUGAUGUAGCCCCUGUAGGGGAUCGUCGUCUACUUAUCACCACAAAUGUUUUACUGGAUGUGUCUACCCUGUCGUCCCUAGCAACUCCUGUUUUCACACGCCACCUGGGUGACAUCUUGGCAGCUCUGUGUCAAUUGGCAUAUCGCCCCCAUCGCCCCGAAGGAGAGAGCACAAAGAGCAAUAAGGGGCUGACAGUAGAGGAACGCAAAUCCUGCAAAGAAGCACUUCACAGUCUUUUAGGAAAAGUGUAUCAGCCAAUUGUCAUUAAGGAACUGCUUGUUCUCCAAGGGGGACCUAAACAGGCAUCUUCAGGCUCCAGAGGUGGAAGUGCUGGAGGUAAGGCUCUGAUACAAGCACCCCCUUGGCUGAGGCGCCUCUGUGGACAGCUGCUGUCUGAGAGGUUAAUGCAACCUCAUGGGGUCCAAGCUGUAGUGAGGGCCAUCCUAGAAGGGACCGGAGCUGGUGGACAUUCUGACUGGAGGAAAUGUGAUGCUGUGGCCAAGAUCCUCGCUUCCUGUCCUCAGCAAUCCCUCUCUGCUGAGAGCUACUACAGUCAAGUGUGUCCACAGAUACUGGAGCUUCUGCAUUUCAAAGACAAACUGACUGCACAGCAGUUCCAGAGAGUUGCAACCAGGGCGGCGCUCACCAUGGUGCAAGAGCGACCUGAGUUUGCGCAGCGAUUCCUACUUUUACCUCUUCUCUCCCCUCUUCAUCGUUGUACAGAGGGAACCGGCAAUGACCUAUCCCAGGAUACAGUGCAGGAGUGGGAGCUGACUCGCUGUAUUGAGGAUAUAUACAAAAUCUGUGUGGUGGGUAACAGUCCAUCAGAAGUGCUGCUUAAAGCUCUGGAUGAUGCAAUCUCAGCCCUUUUCUGUCUCUUUUGCUUCACCAAACAGAACGUCUCUCACUUACGCAUACCUUGUCAGGAGAUCCUGAUAUGGUAUCUAUCUCAUUCAAAGCGCUCUGUAGCUCUUUCCCUGCUGAAACGCUUGUGUGGCCUCCAAGGAGAGGUGAGCGGAGUCAGCCAUGACUUUCUAUUCUCACCUGGCAGUGAUGGAGGAGCCAGACUUACAGUUAGAGAGCCUAUCAGUGAUGAAGAUGAUGCUCUCUUUGAGAAGGUCUCAGGUGAUCAGUGGAGAGUUCAGUGUCUGGUGCAGCUGUUGGAAGAGAUGAAGGACAGUGAUAUGCCUGGAGAGUUUUUCCUGCUGUUGUUGCAGGAUUUAACAGCUCUGGCUGCUGAAAAAGAGGACAGAGUUGAGAAGGAGGUUGACACUUCAUCUAUGACUCUGCUGGAGUUAGAGCAGCACCUGCUGGGCCGUGAGAUUGGACACGGACAGAGACUGGCCCUACUGCAGACACUGGCCAUCAUGUGUCAGGGUCUGCCACAUACAGCACUGCUCCGCAAACCCACUCAGGUGGUUGGGUUCAUAGUGUCCAUGCUGAAGAGGGCUUGUGUUGGUCUGGAGCAUGGCAUUGACAGUCCAGUGGAGAGUCAAACUCUCAGUAUGGGAAUGGGGCUUGUGGCCACUCUCCUGUCUGGAGCUGCUGAGCUGAGUGCAGAUGAUUACUUGUCAAUGGCUGCACUGCUACCUCCUCUAGAGCAGAUAUCUCAGCAGCACCCAGAGACUGUCAUCCAGGAGUUGGCUUGUGAUCUGAGGGCCACCAUCGCCACACAUGGGGCAUACCACACUAAACCUGUCUCCAGAACAGCUAGCCAGCACAAUCCAGGCCCCAGUACUUCUCAGCCAACAGGCCAAAGUUCAAACACCCUCCCAGCCAAUAUACCCUCAUCUAGACUUCUCUCAAGACCACACACUAGCUCAGCAAGUAGCAGAGGUGAUGUCUCACCAGGACAACCUCCCUCCACUCAUUCAUAUAGCUCUGAGGACACUCCUAGGAAUUUGGUUAGCCAAGUUCCCACAUCAUCAAUGUCACGACCCAAACACACAACAGAUCCCAGUGAAGCACCUAAAGUUAAAGACUCAUGCCAUGGUUCUGAACCAAAAUCUGGGCAGUCAGCUGGAGGAAUAGCAAAUCCUGGGAUUUCAGAGGGCCCACCCAGUAAAGCCUUUACAGAGUGCCUGCUAGAGGCCUGUGACUCAGAUAUUCCCUCUAAAGCUGUAGCACUGCGUUCACUGACUCGCUCUGUUAAAGAUGGAGACAAGGAGGCACUGCAGAACAAGGACCAACUACUGACUCUCUUUCUGGAGAACUUGGAGCAUGAAGACUCCUUUGUGUAUCUGUCAGCCAUUCAAGGUUUGGCAGUGUUGGCUGACUCUUUCCCUGAGGAAAUUCUGCAGAAAUUGCUGGGAGAGUAUCAGACUGGAGCGACUGUGUGUUUACCCAAGAGGCAGCGCUCCCUGGAGACGUGCCUCAAAGUGGGCGAGGUUUUAAUGAGAGCCAGCCGGGCAAUGGGUGACCUGGCUCCACACUACGGCCGCCCUCUGAUCGGUGUUUUCCUAAGUGGCACUAGAGACAAGAGGAGUAGUGUUCGUGCCAGCAGCCUCUCAAACCUGGGUGAACUGUGUCAGCGUCUCAACUUUUCCCUUGGACCGCUGGCGCAAGAGCUGAGCACAUGUCUGACCGCCCUGAUAAAGACAGACAGAGAGGCAGAGGUUCGGAGGGCUGCGGUUCACGCCAUCGCUCUGGUUCUCAGAGGCCUCAGUGAUAAAACUACUCAGGUUCUUGGGGAUGUUUUAUUAGAGUUGUAUCGGGAUUUGAAGUGGGUGGUGCGGUCAGACCCGGAUGAUGUGGCCGUACUCCAGGCUCAACUCGCUCUGGAAGAGCUUGAUGUUGUCAUGAGGAGGUUCAUCUUCCCUCAACAGAAACUUGAGAAAAAGAUUGUGGUUCUUCCUUGAAAGCGCUCCAGGAGUAACAUAAGCUCUCGAACAGACAGAUGUUUACCUUUUAGAUUUCUAUCCUCCAUUUCAUUAUUUAACCCUGUAGUUAUACCUGAAGGUUUAUGCCCAUAUACAUCUCAGACUGAAAAACCUGUCUUUGGCAUUGAUAAACUAGCAUUCCGCCUUUUGUUAUCAGGUAGGUUACAGGUCACCUGAAAGAUGUAAGAUAUUAGUCAUUCUACUUAAAUUCUUUUCCCUGCACAAUACUGAAACUUUCCAUCCAUAAGCCCCCCUCCUUAACCGUCUCUAUGGCUUUCUAACCUGUGUGGUCUACCCCAGAGCAGAGCUGAUAAAAUAUCAUGCAGAUAUUUAAUGUUAGCAUUUCUGCUAGCUUAUACAAUUUUAGUUUGGUCUUGAUACCUCUGAAAUGAAAUAAAGAGUGUAGAUUUUUUUCAAAGCAUGUUGUGAUAACAUUGUGUGUUCAUUGCUUAUUUGUCAUCUCCAGUUUUAUUUUCAUUUAGCUAUGAUUGGUUUAAAGACACUGGAAAUGUGAGCACAUGCCUGAACAUCUGGGGAAGGUUGCAUGGCCUCAACUUCCUGUCUGCUCUAUGCUGUAAUAUAAUGGAGGUUAACUAACUGUUAACCUGCUAAAAAUAGUUUAUGUUGUAAAAUGCACAAAGCAUUUGAAUC